AAUUCGCUAUACUGAUAACCGUUGAUCACGUUGACAUUCAGGCUUUUAUAUUUUACAAAUUAAAAUUUAUUUUGAUUGUCAUUUAAAUUAUUAAAAAAAAAACGACUGAUUAAAUAAUUACUGUUCAAUUUUCUUCAAAGAAUGUCAAUGAAACAUGGUGAAAAGUGAUCGUCUUAAGAUUAUUUAAUGAAUUAAUUAGGAAUAGAAAGAAAACCGCAGAUUUAUUACUUAUAUUGUGAAAAUUAAUUCGAAAGUCUACAUCUUGUGAAUCGAGUCAUAUGUAAACUCAUCGAUCAAAAGGGAAUGUUUAUUUUGUUUCAUUCUGUCUUUAAGUCUCGAACGGAUAUCGCAAAGGUUAGACCGAUCGACAAUACGAUUACUUGACGACUUCAUUUUGAAGUAAACACAAUUAAAAUAUAAUGGCGGGUAGUGGAGAACUUUGGGUACAAUGUUUUACCUGUUGUUUAAUGCAACAAGGACCUAGAACACGUAAUGGAAGACAAAGGUCACAUCAGAGACUAAGGAUAGAUCGUAGCAUGAUAGGAGUACCUACAAAUUUUAGGCAUACUGGACAUAUUAGUAGUGGAGAUCUUGAUAUGAGCAGUGCACAAUUAUCAAAUAUUCAGGCACAAAUGCAAAUGAAAGGAGGCUAUGAUAAUGCAUAUAGUGUUAAGGCAUGUUGAAAAUAAUGCAUUUUGUUGCAAAUUAUUCUUUCAAAUUAAUAAUCAAAGGAAAUAAUUUUAUAACAGAAAUAAAAAAGAUGACACUUAUGUUCUCUUCAUGAAGAUGAACAUAUAUGCAGCUAUAUCACAUUUUCAGAAGAUGCUCAAAAAAGAUACAUUAAAUAUGUUUAAGAAUAAGACAAACAAAAACAAAUUCUAAAAUUUUUUACUUCUUAAUAUUAAAUAAAUAUUACAUUAAGUUACUUUCAUUUGUAUAGAAAUGAUUUUACAACUAAACUAAUUUUCUAAUUAUAAGAGAGCAUUUAAUUUGCAUAUUUUUAAAAUAUUUUCAUUAAGACUGGAUACUUAAUAGAAACAAAAACUGCCAUAUAUACAACUUUUUCCAUACAUUUUUUUUAUAACAUUUAAGUUCUUUUCCAUUUAAAAAAAAGUCAGUGUUUAUUGGUGCAAAAUUAUAACAUAAUAACAUAAUUAUUAUGUUAUAUCUUACUUAUUUACUUAUAUAUAUUUAUUUCUUUUUUUGACAAGAACAAUAUUAACAGUAGUAGAUUUACUAAUAAUAUAUAUUAGAUAUUCUUAUAUUUGCAAAUGCAAAUGUAAGUACUCUGUGUUAUUUAGUAGUACUUUUUGUAAAAAGAAAAUGAAGAAUGUAUUUUGCAUAGUUCACCUGUGCUGAUUAAUGGAUAAAUAUUUUUAGCAUGUAUAUGGUGAACAUUCAUGUUCACAAAGCACGGCCCAUUUUUCCUAUUUCUGUAUUCAUCCCUAAAUAGGGUAUAUAAACCUACAUUAAGAAAUUUUCGGAAUGUAGAUGUGUCAAAAAUUGAGAAACUGAUUUAUAUGUAUUUGCCUAGUCUAAAAUCAUUCUAUUAAACUUCAUGAAUUAUGCUAGCUAUUGUUUUAUAAAUGUUGUAAUCUCUCAAAAAUGGACUUAUCUUAGUAUGAGAUGUAAAGAAAACAAGAAGUUUAGAAGAAAUUCUCUGAAGCAAAAAAAAUUUUAUUUUGAACCAAUGUGUAGAUAUAUAAACUAAUUCUAAAAAGAAAAUAAUGAUUUAGAUAUAUAUAUAUAUAUAAAACUUAAAUAUCAUAAACUUUCUAUAUAUUAUAAAUAUUUACUUAUGCUUUUGAAAUUUGAAUGAAAAAAAAUUUUAAUUCAUAUUGUAUAAUGUUGAAACAAUUGUAGAAAGUUUUGCUAAUAAAGUAAUAAAUAUAAUUGUAAGUAUUAUAUUUAAUGUGUGUAAGAAGAAUAAACUGUAUUUUCAAAGUA